AUGAAACUAUCAACAUUAGUAAUUGAAGGUCUAUUAUUUUCAGGUAUCAUUGCUCUUCCAGCAAAUGCAGGUCCUAAACUAUGUUUUGAUGCUAAUAAAAGUGAAUAUUGUGUUGGUGGGAAUGCUAAAAAGUGUUAUGAGGUAUAUGGAUCCCAAACAGACAUCGGUAAAAAGCCAGUUGAAAACUUUUGUAACUUCUGGUGCAGUAAAAUUAAGAGUCCUAAUGAGUGUAAGACUAAUAAGAAGAAGUUUAAUUACCAUCCAAAUUUUGCUUGUGAUAAAACACAAUACUGCUGA